CGUGUUUGCGGGAGAAGGAAGGGGUGGGAGUCGGAGGAGCGGACUACCUUUCCAUUAUUAUUUUUAUUUUUUUUUGUUGAUAUUAUUUUCGCCGUGCAAGGAGAACGCUCCGAAUUCACCGGCCUGUCGGCUCCCGAGAGGGACACGGGGAUUGUUGCGGUCGCUUUUCUUUAUUAUUUUUUUUUUCCUUUUUUUUUUUUUUUUUUUUUUUCAUCGGUCGGUUCGUUUGUUUUGAUUUGGCUUUUUGUUGCCGUUAUUCUCAUUUUCCUUUUCCCGCUGAGCAGCAGCGGCGGCGGCGGCAGCAAUAUGGCUGGUGAUGGGUUUUUUGGGGGGCGCUGGCGGCGGGAGGAGCUCUCGGAAGCCCCUGCGCGCCCGGCUCGCUGUUAGCUAUGGCAAAUGGCAGCGGCGGCGGCUCCUUCCCGGGCGGCAGCGGCGGCGGCGGCGGCCUUAGAAUGAGUAACAAUAUCAACGCCAACAAUCUCAACACAGACUCGUCCUCCUCCCCCGUCAAUGUGCCCAAGAUGGAUGCGCUCAUCAUCCCGGUGACCAUGGAGGUGCCCUGCGAUAGCCGCGGACAGCGCAUGUGGUGGGCUUUCCUCGCCUCAUCCAUGGUCACUUUCUUUGGGGGACUGUUUAUCAUCCUUCUGUGGAGGACCCUCAAGUACCUGUGGACUGUCUGCUGCCACUGCGGGGUCAAAAGCAAGGAGGCCCAGAAGAUCAAUGGUGGUGGAGAUACACAGGCAGAUGGGGCCUGCAAACCAACGGAUGAAAAAGAAGAGAAUGUGGCAGCAGAAGUGGGAUGGAUGACCUCUGUAAAAGAUUGGGCAGGAGUCAUGAUAUCUGCCCAGACGUUAACUGGCAGAGUACUUGUUGUCUUAGUCUUCGCUCUUAGUAUUGGUGCUCUUGUAAUAUACUUCAUAGAUUCAUCAAAGAGCCGUACUGCAGACUCAUUGAUCCCAAUAGAGUCCUGCCAGAAUUUCUACAAAGAUUUCACGUUACAGAUCGACAUGGCUUUCAAUGUGUUCUUCCUACUCUACUUUGGCUUGCGUUUCAUAGCAGCCAAUGACAAGCUAUGGUUUUGGCUAGAAGUUAACUCAGUAGUAGAUUUCUUCACGGUCCCUCCAGUGUUUGUGUCAGUAUAUUUAAACAGAAGUUGGCUUGGUUUAAGAUUUUUAAGAGCCCUUAGACUGAUACAGUUUUCAGAAAUAUUGCAGUUUCUGAAUAUCCUUAAAACAAGUAAUUCCAUCAAGCUCGUGAAUCUGUGCUCUAUAUUUAUCAGCACAUGGCUGACAGCAGCUGGGUUCAUACAUUUGGUGGAGAACUCAGGGGAUCCAUGGGAAAAUUUCCAAAAUAAUCAACAGCUAACAUAUUGGGAAUGUGUUUAUUUACUGAUGGUUACAAUGUCCACUGUUGGUUAUGGAGAUGUUUAUGCAAAAACAACCCUUGGUCGCCUUUUCAUGGUCUUCUUCAUCCUUGGAGGACUGGCCAUGUUUGCCAGCUACGUCCCUGAAAUCAUAGAGUUAAUAGGAAACCGCAAGAAAUAUGGUGGUUCCUAUAGUGCGGUUAGUGGAAGAAAGCACAUAGUUGUCUGUGGUCACAUAACACUUGAAAGUGUGUCCAACUUCCUGAAAGACUUCCUGCACAAGGAUAGGGAUGAUGUCAACGUAGAAAUCGUCUUUCUGCAUAAUAUCUCCCCUAACCUUGAGCUGGAAGCUCUCUUCAAACGACACUUCACUCAGGUGGAAUUUUAUCAGGGUUCAGUCCUUAAUCCCCAUGACCUGGCAAGAGUGAAGAUAGAGUCAGCAGAUGCAUGCCUAAUUCUUGCCAAUAAAUACUGCGCUGACCCAGAUGCUGAAGAUGCCUCCAAUAUUAUGAGAGUUAUUUCGAUAAAGAAUUACCAUCCGAAGAUAAGAAUUAUCACUCAGAUGUUGCAGUAUCACAAUAAGGCCCAUCUACUAAAUAUCCCAAGCUGGAACUGGAAAGAAGGGGAUGAUGCAAUCUGUCUUGCUGAGCUCAAGCUGGGUUUCAUAGCCCAGAGCUGCCUGGCACCUGGCCUUUCAACAAUGUUAGCCAACCUCUUCUCCAUGAGAUCGUUCAUAAAGAUUGAGGAGGAUACAUGGCAGAAGUACUAUCUGGAAGGAGUUGCAAAUGAAAUGUAUACAGAAUAUCUGUCUAGUGCCUUUGUGGGUUUGUCUUUCCCUGCAGUCUGUGAACUGGUGUUUGCGAAACUAAAGCUCUUAAUGAUAGCCAUAGAAUACAAGUCGGAAAAACGAGAAAGCAGAAGCCGAAAGCGCAUAUUAAUAAAUCCUGGAAACCAUGUCAAGAUUCAAGAAGGUACCUUAGGGUUCUUCAUUGCAAGUGAUGCCAAAGAAGUAAAAAGGGCAUUUUUUUACUGCAAGGCCUGUCAUGAUGACAUCACAGAUCCCAAAAGGAUAAAAAAAUGUGGCUGCAAACGGCAAGUAAAGAAUGCAGCUAGACCAAGUUACCCAAAAAGUUCAUAUCAAUUCAAGAAUGCAACUACUAAUGCACUGGUUGGUGCCAAGUCCACUGAAGGAGCCCCGGAACCUGUUCCACUUGUUAAUAACCGUAAAGGGAGCCUCUUCUUACCCAACAAUCCCUCGCUGCUGCACCUUAACUUAUUGAGUUCUGUUGAACAAGGAAAAUCUACCUACUGUAGAUUGCAAAGGGCACUCAGCUUGCCUGUAAAAUACCGCUACCACUCCCAAAAGCCUGGGUUGAACCAAGAUCUCCUUGAAGAUGAGCAGCCAUCGACACUAUCACCCAAAAAAAAGCAACGAAAUGGAGGCAUGAGAAAUUCACCCAACUCCUCACCCAAACUGAUGAGGCAUGACCCCUUGUUAAUUCCUGGCAAUGAACAGAUUGACAAUAUGGAUGCCAAUGUGAAAAAAUAUGACUCUACUGGGAUGUUUCAUUGGUGUCCAGCCAAGGACAUUGAAAAGGUCAUUUUGACUCGAAGUGAAGCAGCGAUGACAGUUUUAAGUGGGCAUGUAGUCGUUUGCAUAUUUGGGGAUGUUAAAUCUGCUUUGAUUGGAUUAAGAAAUUUAGUGAUGCCAUUACGAGCCAGCAACUUUCACUACCAUGAACUCAAGCACAUUGUGUUUGUGGGUUCACUUGAAUACCUGAGAAGGGAGUGGGAGACACUGCAUAACUUCCCCAAGGUUUCAAUCUUGCCUGGUACGCCAUUAAGUCGGGCUGAUUUAAGGGCUGUCAACAUCAACCUCUGCGACAUGUGCGUUAUCCUGUCAGCCAAUCAGAAUAAUAUUGAUGAUGCUUCGCUGCAGGACAAGGAAUGCAUCUUGGCGUCACUCAACAUCAAAUCUAUGCAGUUUGAUGACAGCAUUGGGGUCUUGCAGGCUAAUUCCCAAGGCUUUACACCCCCUGGGAUGGAUAGAUCAUCUCCAGACAACAGUCCGGUCCAUGGCCUGUUACGUCAACCUUCCAUUACAACAGGAGCCAACAUCCCUAUUAUAACAGAGCUAGCUAAGCCUGGCAAACUUCUGCCUUUGGUUUCAAUCAGUCAGGAAAAAAACAGUGGAACCCACAUUCUAAUGAUAACUGAACUGGUAAAUGAUUCAAAUGUUCAGUUCUUGGACCAAGAUGAUGACGACGAUCCAGACACAGAACUGUAUCUCACGCAGCCCUUUGCAUGUGGAACUGCAUUUGCUGUCAGUGUGCUGGACUCUCUCAUGAGCGCAACAUACUUCAAUGACAAUAUCCUCACACUGAUACGGACAUUGGUAACUGGAGGAGCCACACCGGAGCUGGAAGCACUGAUUGCCGAGGAAAAUGCGUUGAGAGGAGGUUACAGCACACCACAGACACUUGCAAACAGGGACAGGUGUCGAGUUGCUCAGUUGGCUUUGUAUGACGGGCCAUUUGCAGACCUAGGGGAUGGAGGUUGUUACGGAGAUCUAUUUUGUAAAGCACUGAAAACAUACAAUAUGCUUUGCUUUGGAAUUUAUCGAUUAAGGGAUGCACAUCUAAGCACUCCCAGCCAAUGCACUAAACGUUAUGUUAUCACAAACCCACCGUACGAGUUUGAGCUUGUGCCGACAGACUUGAUCUUCUGUUUGAUGCAAUUUGACCACAACGCCGGCCAGUCCCGAGCCAGUCUUUCUCAUUCCUCCCAUUCCUCCUAUUCUUCCAGCAAGAAGAGCUCAUCUGUUCACUCCAUCCCAUCCACAGCAAACCGACUGAACCGCACCAAGACCAGGGAUUCCCGGGAAAAACAGAAUGCAACAAGGAUGAAUAGAAUGGGCCAAGCAGAAAAGAAAUGGUUUACAGAUGAGCCGGAUAAUGCCUAUCCCAGAAACAUUCAAAUCAAGCCCAUGAGCACUCACAUGGCCAAUCAGAUCAAUCAAUACAAAUCGACAAGCAGCUUGAUACCACCGAUCAGAGAAGUUGAAGAUGAAUGUUGACUCCUUCGAGGCCAGAACUAAUUUUUUAAAGCCUGACAAACUUCAUGAACGGUGAUGUGACAUUUAUUCCUCUUACAUGCCGAACCACUGACGGAGAAGUUACGAAGGGCAAGCGUAAUGGGGAAACAAAGUAGACAGAUCUUUGUUUGUCUGCCUUUAAUAUUGCUUCCAUGUAUUUUGGAAACUUUCAGUUUUAAAUGAACAUAAUCAGAACUAGUCAUGUAUAGCCUCUAGCAGUUUAAAUUAUUUUUCUCUAUUAGGAAAUUUUUUUUUUUCUUUUUUUUCUUCAUUGUCAAGUAUUUUCCCUUUCAAAAACUGCAGAUGUGGCCGGACUCCUAAGACAGGAAAUAAUAACCAAAAACACCACACCCCAGUCUUCGGCCUAAAGGAGGAUGAUGGUCACAGUUAUAAGGCUAUAUUAUCCAGGGAAACAAAAGAGAUAUUUAUAAAAAGGAAAUAAGUGAAGGUCUAACUUAUAUUGUAGUAAACCCCCCAAAAAAGGAAGGAAAAAAAAAAAAAAAAAAAGGAAGAAAAAAGAACAGUCCACAACGUUUCUUUACAGAAGGAUGUGUAUUUUGUGCAGCAUUGACACCAGCUCUUAAUAAACUGAACCUAUUUAUUUUCAAAGGUGAAAGUCAUAUUUUUGUACACGUAACACUCUUGAGACAUUAUUGGUUUUAUUACCAUAUGCAGCUCACCCUCAUUGCCCGUGACAUGCAAGUCCAACCACCCCACGCACUGUAGCCCCACGACCUCAAUAGCCCCCAGAAGCCCCACGUCCUCAAUAGCCCUCUGCGAUGUCAAGUGUGCUGCAGAACAUCACCACCCCAAGCUGAGGGAUGUGUAGGCAGGGCACUCACAGGCAGCACUUGUUAUAAAUGGCAACCCCAGCAUCAGCAGAGGCGUAUUCCAGGUAAUUCCUUCUUUGCCACACAUUACAGCACUGCAAGCUGGAGUGCCUAACCAGUGUGUGAACUCAUAAGCCAUAAACUUUCUCAUCCACCAUAUUCUGUUGGUUUCUUACCUCUAAAGUGCUGAUGGGUCCGCAUCAAUCUUGCAUAUCCAACUCAAAUUCUUCCUGAUCCACAGCAAGCUUUAACCCCAGACCUGUGGUGAUGGUCCACGCCUCCAUGAAGGGCAUUGAAUUGCCUUUGCUGAUCGCCGAUCAGGAUAAAAACCUGUGGCUUUGCCUCAGCUUGACAUGUCAGUGCACUGUUGUCAGUGAUGUGCUGUACCAAGCAACAUCACAGUUAGGCAGUGUCUUUUCUCCCCAUUAUGUAUCUAUUUUAGUUUGCUUUGCGGGGACACCACACUUAAAAGUACGGCAAUAACCAAAUCAAAGUAAAAAUAAUGAAUGUAUUUAUCCUACCUUACAAAAGGCCUUCGACAGGUGCCUUUUGUGUCAGCAGUUUCACAAAGUUGCCAACAAGCUUUCUAGCCAGCAGACAGAAAAGUGGUCUCAUAUCUGUGCUGCAGCAUCAAUUCACUCAAGCAUUUGGUGGUCUAAAUGAUUCAGUAAACCUGUCUAUCUAUCUCAAAGUAGCAACAUCAGAUACAACUGUGUGAAGAAAAAAGUAAAAAUAAAAAUGAAAAGGCUGUGUUACUAAGGAAUAAAACAAAAACAUAAGACCCAGUAAGUAGGAAAGCAGCUUUUCAUGGUGCAAGAUAACCGUAGGCUCUGUAAUUCCGCAGAAUUGUGAAAUACCGCAAUAAAACAUACCGUGGUACUUUUAUCAUUAGAGAAAUAUCCGUGAAUCAAUCUGAUAUGAAGCAGAUGAAUAUGUUGUCAAAAUAAUUAUGUCCACUAUGUAAUCCAACAUUUAAGCUAAGCUCUCUCGGCCUCGAUGUUUGUCCACUGGCUGCAGUACAAAUGUAACCAUACAACCACCUAAUAGGCUUUAUGCUGGAGUGACUUCUUGGACUGCAACUACUUUGUUGUUACAUUUUGUAGAAUAGGUAUUUAAAGAAAAUAACAGGAAUUGUUAUGCAGUAUAUGUAGAAUUGGAUCAUUUAAAAUAUUUCAAUCUCCUGCAAAGAAACAAAACAGUUUAAGCAGUUUCUCGUUACUAUUUAGACCAUGUUUAUCUCAUUUCACAGUCCCAGAACAGAAGAUGAUUUGGGCGAGUUCUUCCAAUCUAUGCCACUCGAGCUAACAACAUGUUAUAAUCUGCAUCCAGUUUCUGCAGUGGGUCGUGUUAGGCCUUUUCGUUGAAGUCAGCGCUCCUUUUUCAUUUAUGAACUGCUUUCAUGGUAACCUCAGUGGAAAAAGCGAGUCCCGCAUACAGGAGAAAUCUCGAAAAGGGUGUCAGACCUCACCAAGUGUGCAUUAAUUGUCUUUUUCAAAGACUGGUUUGUAAGCUAUGGGCAUAGCAAAUUACACCUGUGCACAUGGUGCCAGUUCUGAGCAUCCUUCCUUCAGAAUAGAGUACUCAAAGUAUAAAACACACUAAUGAAUCAAACACAACAGUCCUACAUCGUUAACGUUUGUGGGUCUGUCCAGGGUAACCGUCAUACACCGAAAUGCCAAGCUGCCAACUGCACACAGGUAAAGGACAAGCUCUGAUCACUCUCGAAGAAAGGUCUGUAUAUAAGGGUAGGUUGAUAGAUCAAUACAUGAGAGACAAGCAGGUAAAAUUGUGCUGUUUGGACUUCCCAGUUAUAGAAAACCUAAGAGAAAUCAAAAAUAUUUUCUUGCUCUUCUUCUCGUCAAUCAAAGGCUCAGGACUGGCUUCUAGCAAUUAGAUGGAGGAGCAUGUAGCAAGGCUAUCGGAGAUCUUUGACCCUCAACCAUUAAACACCAUAGUAAGGUCAGUACUAAGGUUUGGAUAUAUUAUGUGGCAUCACAGAGAGGGGCUGGGAAAGCGGCCUAAGGACAGCUGAUGGGCAAUAUGUGGAGAGAAGGAGAAAUGAAGUUUUGAGGUUCCUGAAGAAAUCCUACCCCUCUCUCAAAAGAGAAGGAAAAAAUUGAAUCUGUGCUUUCACAGGAGUUGCAUGCAUGAUCAAUCAAGGCUAAACAGGCUUUGGUGUUUGUAAAUCAGGUGGUGGAUACCACGUGUGUUUUCACACAUGUGAACGCACACACACGUAUGUGUGGAUACAGUACAGAUACAUGUAUCUGGGGUGUGUGUAAGUAUUGGGUACAGGUCAGAACCACCACCAAAAGAUGUCAGUUUUGCCUUUUGGAGGGGGCAGGGGGGCUGAGGGGGGAAGAGAUGGGGUGAAGAUGUAUACAAAGAGAAAGGGCAUACAUUACCCAAGGGCUAACACAUGGAGGAAGGAGGAAAUGUAUCUACUGGUCUCACACGGUCUGAACACGGGGAAGCCAUUCUAGGUGGCUAGCUGCAUGCUGGCUGUAUGCUUACAGCGUGCUGCCAGCCCUAUUUCCCACAGGCAUAUGCUGGCAUGCUCACACAGUGCCUGCAAGCCAGCCGGUCUCUGUCUAGUGGGCAGAAUUUUAACUCAGACCCUGAAUCGCACCAGCACCAAAGUGAAAGGACAAAAUUGCCCGCUGCCCCAGAAUCUGACAGAGCAGAGCAACACGCACAGCCCCCUGACAGCCACACACAGCACAAGUUAAUGUGUAAAGAGGAUAGUCUGAGCCUAAAUGCAAUGGUUAAGGCCUCAAUGUGACUGUUUUAGUGGUGCAUGUAAGGCAAUGGGCAUGCAAUGUAUUGUUUGGUAGGGAGAAAAUUGGAAAAAAAAGGCAACCACAAACAGUUUCUCGAACACUGCAAAGACUGUCUAAAAAUGCCAUCCGUUUUGACAGCUCUUGCAUGUUGAACUCAGCAUCUGUGGUCAAACAGCAGGCGCAUGUGUCUCUAAGUACAAGCCUCUUGGUUGAGGACAUGGUCACUUAAGCAGCACUACAGGUUCAUGAACAAGGUUAUUAUUCCACCUAUGGCACACGGUGACCCUAGCAGCGAUAUUUAUACAAGGUGAAGACGGUAAAAAUGACUGUAUUGAGGACCCUGUGCAGCCUUAUCAAGCCACACAGAUGUCUAGUUGCUGGGUCUUCAGAAGCCUAUAGGCUGUUGUAGCAGCUGUGGAUGUACAGGAAGCCAUGUUUAGACACGGUAAAGGAUAUUUUUUUACUAUUUUUCACUUGGAAAAGCAACCCAAUGAGUCAGAUCGCAUGCAUAGGGAAAGGCAUAAUUGUCCUCAGCCAAAUAUAGAAAAUGGAAAAGGGGUUGACACUGAAUAUGCAAGGGGACACUACAACAAUGGUGUCUAAACCCUUUUUCUACAGGUCAAUGGGUAGCGAGAGGAGACACCGUUGUUGUUUGUUUGUUGUGUGGUAUGGUUGUGAUUUUGGUUUUGCCAAAGGAGUAUUUGCACAUCCUGAAGUCUUUAUAGAGUAGGAGAAGGAAAGGAAAGGAAAGUGUAUUCAAUUGCAGAUGAUUAUUUUUGGCGGUUCUGUUUGGGUGCAAGCUAAGUCUCGAAAGUACCACAGUAACAGGAUGUGUAAAUGGAUGCAUGAUGGAAGCAGUAAUGUAAAAAUCCUAUGUGUCUGUCCUCACUGCCCAGUCACACGCCAUUUAAACCAUAAACCUGUUAACAACUUCCCGGGACAGCUGACUCACACGGACUCAGAAAAAAAAUAGAGCAGGCAUUAAUACAUUCUCAUUGCAAAGCUAAAGGCUACUGCAGAGCAAUGUAUUUGAACUGAGAGCAUACCAAGGGUGGGCUGGGGGGGAAAAUUCAUGGGGAAAGCUGUUAUUGUAUUUCCUCAGCAUCAAAGGAAGCAUGCGUCCCACCUUUCAUUUCUAGUUUAAAAUCUGCCUAAAAAAAGCCAACAAGCAUGCAAAAGGGGAAGAGCAGGACAAAGCGAAGACAGAAAUCCUCUCCUUGUGUUGCAAGGGCCUGGGAACAUCUGUCACAGUCAAUGGCAGUUGUAGAAGAAAAAAAAAAAAAAAAAAGGGAGAAAAAAAAGAGGGAAAAAAAAAAACACAGGUGAAAGACGAGGUCCCUCAUUUGUUGUCCUCUCCAUGCCAUCCGAACCACCAUUGACAAUUCAUUGAACAUGAAUUUUAUUUCAUGUAGAUUCCAAGGGUGCUUUACCAAUCCCAUGCCUGGCAGACUGUUUUGUUUUUAAUUUCAUUAUAUAUGUAGAUGUCAUUUAUAGAUCCGGUAAUAUUCAGUUAGCAGGCAUACUAUCCGUAGUGUUUUUGUAGUGAGCAAUAGUAGUAGUUGUCGGUACAGUCCCCAUCUGAAACAAAGAAAAGAAUCAAGAAGCUGCUCAGCUGUGGCCACCGUUUGCAAUGGUACUGAGCCCUACAGUGGGGUCAAGUCUGCCCUAGCACUUAUCAAAGCUAUAUUUAUGCAACCAAUGUAGCUAUCCUGCACAGACAGAUAUUCUCUGCUAUCGAACACGCAGCCAUAGUGAAACUAAGUAGUCUCUAAUGUUCAGUAGUCUAUAGAACCAAGUAAAUUCUACUGGAAUCAAUAGAUUUCUACGCUGCCAGUAUAACGUCUCUGGGGAGGAAAGAAAAUGUAAGAAGUACUUGUGUAUCACUUUGGGUCUAAAUAACAGCAAUAGCUAACUUCUUAUGAAUCUGAAAGACAGUAAUGCUGCAUCCAAUUAGAAUCUCAGUGAGGUUAAGGGAAAGCUUCUUUCUGCCUCAGUCAAUGCAAUUUAAAGGAGAGCUUUAUAACCUGAAAACAACAGCAAUGAUAUAGAGGCAGUUGAGUGCAUGUAACAGGAAAAGUUUUUUGUUUGUUUGUUUUCUUUUCCAGAAAUCAAAAAUGGGGCAUAUGAGCAUUGUGUUUACUAGACAAUUACAAAAAGGAGCCAUGUGAAAAGGUUAGCAGAACUGACACCGAGCAGCUCUUCAAGAGUGCCGCUACGGUGACGGUGUAUCUCGGGACACACAGCCUAGCCAAUGCAUUGAAAGUCACAUCAGUUUA